ACAAAGAUUUGACAGUUGGCGCAACUGACAAUCUUGUAUUGUCUCUCAAGGGAUACUUAAAGUUGGGUUCGUUAUCCUACAGAUGUAAUUUUGCGUCUAGAAUUUCACACUCACGAAGGUGAAGAGGAAAUUGUGAGAAUUAGCGGAGGUGCCAGAGAAAAUGCCUUAUACAAGCGAACUUUCGCAAUCUCGGGAAUAUCAGAGUUUCCGAAGUUCAGUUCCUCUCAGAAAAAUCGUCAUUGACAUUGACAGCUCAAAGGGCUGGAAAGUAUAUGACUCUGGUCCAAAGACGAUCAAGUGUCCCGUGAUUUGUCUUCCACCUGUCAGUGGUUCAGCAGACAUUUUUUUUAAGCAGAUUCUUGGGUUGGCCGCUAAGGGUUAUCGAGUUAUAUCGGCAGAGGCACCUGUAUACUGGAGUGUAAAAGAAUGGUGCGAUGGAUUUAAAAAACUUUUAGAUUACAUGGAGCUGGACCGAGUACAUCUUUUUGGUGCUUCUUUAGGAGGAUUCCUUGCCCAAAAGUUCGUUGAACUAAAUUUCCAUUGUCCUAGAGUUACAUCACUGGUUCUGUGUAAUACUUUUACAGACACAUCCGUGUUCAAUUUUAAUGAAUCUGCAGCCUUAUUUUGGAUAUUGCCAUCAUUGGUUUUGAAAAAGAUGGUAAUGGGCAAUUUUCUGACACAAAAAGUCGAUGGAGAAAUUGUAGAUGCAAUAGACUUCAUGGUAGAAAGGUUAGAAAGCUUGACACAAUCUGAGUUGGCCUCCAGACUUACAAUGAAUUGCAUAAACUGUUACGUACAGCCGCACAAAGUAUCUCAUUUACCAAUUACGAUAGUGGAUGUAUUCGAUGAUUAUGCUUUAUCAAGUGUAGUUAGAGAAGAGAUGUACAAAUGUUACCCCAAUGCCAAAUUAGCACAUCUGAAAAGUGGCGGUAAUUUCCCUUACUUGAGUCGUUCACCUGAAGUCAAUUUACAUUUACAGAUCCAUUUGAGGCAGUUCGAAGGAACAGAGUAUUCUGUAUCAGAAAGAAAUAAGAGUUAAUAAGAUCGUGAUUCGAGGCAAUAUAAUAAUUAGAACGGCUCGAUCCGAAUUUGAUAGUGCUUUAAUGUGCACACGUCAGUUUCCUGUUUUCAUUUGCUAUAGCUCAUAUUUGUCAAAUUACCGUGCAUUUGAACCAAUUAAUAUAAAUAAUAUUUAUCUUAAUACAUACUUGCAUUUAAGCAUACCAGCGACUAUAAUGAUCAAUAAUGCUUUCGAUCAUACAAACUCGUCAAAUAUUUAGAAUUUCUUAAAGAAACAGUUCCUACGAAGCACACGCUUAAUAAUUUCCCCUGAAUUAGGAACAGUUGAUAUUAGUUGAGAUGCGCAAUGACAUUGUUACUCAAGAUUGAAUACAUUGUAUUAUAAGAUCAUUUCACUUGUAAAAUGUACAUGGGCUGUAAUUGUUAUUUAUUAUAAGUAGUUAUAUACGUAAUUUAAUGUUACACAUUGCCCAUAAACUUAAUUAUGUAAAUUAAGAGCUGUUAAAUUAUGCAAUUCCAUACUUGAUACGAUUUGAGGGGUGUUCUCUUUUUUAUAUAUAUUGCAUUCCCUAUACAAUUUGUACUUUCAUAUAAAUGCUAUAGGACUGCCACUAAAAUGCCCCUACUCAGUUCGUAUCAUCGGUGAGAAGUACACUUUUGUAUGAACAUUACCAAUGUCUAAUCAUAAUUAUGUACGGUGAAUUAUGGCUAACAGCUGCUCGCUGCAAUCAAGUUAAAUUACUUUUACAUGUUUUAGAAUGUAUACCUCGUCAUCCUGUAAAUACGGGCUUUGUUAUUUGGAUCGCGUUGUAAAAAAUAUAAUUUUUUAAUGAAAUA